CCCCCCUCCCCACCGCCGCAGCCGCCGGAGCCGGAGGAGGAGGAGGAGGAGGAGGAGGAAGGUCCAGGACUGUGGACAGCGGCUCGGAGGCCGGGCCACCCCCGGCAGGGGCAGGGAGAGGGGUGGUCGGGUGUGGGGGCGCCCUCGGCGGGAAAGAUGGGGGGGCCUGGGGCUCAGGGGGCGCUGCUUCUGGGCCUCGGCCUCCUGUCGCUGCUCCCAGGGGCCCUGCCGACGGCCACGGAGGAGCGGCUGGUGGAACAUCUGCUGGACCCCUCCCGCUACAACAAGCUCAUCCGGCCUGCGGCCAACGGCUCCCAGCUGGUCACCGUGCAGCUCAUGGUCUCCCUGGCUCAGCUCAUCAGCGUGCACGAGAGGGAGCAGAUCAUGACCACCAACGUCUGGCUGACCCAGGAGUGGGAAGACUACCGCCUCACCUGGAAGCCGGAGGAGUUCGACAACAUGAAGAAAGUCCGGCUGCCGUCCAAACACAUCUGGCUGCCGGACGUUGUCCUCUAUAACAACGCGGACGGCGUGUACGAGGUGUCCUUCUACUCCAACGCGGUGGUGUCCCACGACGGGUCCAUCUUCUGGCUGCCCCCGGCCAUCUACAAGAGCGCCUGCCGCAUCGAGGUCCGCCACUUCCCCUUCGACCAGCAGAACUGCACCCUGAAAUUCCGCUCCUGGACCUACGACGGGCGCGAGAUGGACCUGGUGCUGAAGAGCGAGGCGGCCAGCCUGGACGACUUCACGCCCAGCGGCGAGUGGGACAUCGUGGCCCUGCCCGGGCGGCGCCACGCGGGCCCGGGCCCCGCGGCCUACGUGGACAUCACCUACGACUUCGUCAUCCGCCGCAAGCCGCUCUUCUACACCAUCAACCUCAUCGUGCCCUGCGUCCUCAUCACCAGCCUGGCCAUCCUGGUCUUCUACCUGCCCUCGGACUGCGGCGAGAAGAUGACCCUCUGCAUCUCCGUCCUGCUGGCCCUCACCGUCUUCCUGCUGCUCAUCUCCAAGAUCGUGCCGCCCACCUCGCUCGACGUGCCCUUGGUGGGCAAGUACCUCAUGUUCACCAUGGUCCUCGUCACCUUCUCCAUCGUGACCAGCGUCUGCGUGCUCAACGUCCACCACCGCUCUCCGGCCACCCACGCCAUGGCCCCCUGGGUCCGGGCCUUGUUCCUGGAGCGGCUGCCCGCCCUGCUCUUCAUGCGACCCCCGGCUCGGGGCCACCGGCCGGAGGGGACCCCCGGCCCGCCCGGGGGGGAGCCGGGCCGACGGCCUUGCCCCUGCGGGGGCCUGGGGGAGGCGGUGGACGGGGUCCGCUUCAUCGCCAGCCACAUGAAAGGCGAGGACGACCACCGGAGCGUGAGCGAGGACUGGAAAUACGUCGCCAUGGUGAUCGACCGCCUGUUCCUGUGGAUCUUUGUGUUCGUCUGCGUGUUCGGCACCGUGGGCAUGUUCCUACAGCCCCUCUUCCUCCAGAACUACACGGCCCACAGCCUGCUGGCCCCGGCCCCCCCGGCCCCCGGCGAAUGAAGCCCCGCACCCACCCACCCCCGGGGGGGGUCCAGUCUCAGACAUCGGCAGGUCACGGGGGUGGUCAGAUCCACGAAGGAACAGGCCGUGCUGGGUCCCGGGGG